GAGCCCAAGCGCGCAGCACGUCUCCGCUCCUGCACCCCUCGCUCCGGUCGUCGCCGUCGACGUCGUCGUCCUCGAGUUCGCCGGCCUUUGGCGGCCUUUGGAUUACCAGUGCAGUGUGUGUUAUGCCCCAGUGAUUCGCUCCGUCCUCGCCAUGUCGACCGCCGUGAUGACGAUGCACCGGCCCAUGCCCGCCAAGAAGAUGGUGAUGAUGCUGAGCCCCGACGUGCAGCCCCAGAUCGUGCAGCCGAGCAACGGCGCGUGUGUCAUCGUGUCCAACAGCUACCCCGGCAGCCACCCCGGCAGCCCGCCGCAGUUCACCAACCUGGACGCGCCGGCCAACAACAACAACGCCAAGGCCAAGAACAACAACGGGUGCGGCGCGCUCAACAAGGUGAGCCGUGUGGGUGGCGGCGCGGUGCAGAAGGCCGCCCCGCGGACGACCGUGGUGGUGGCGGCGUCGCCGGCCGGCGCGGCCGCGGACGCGCUGCGCUGCAAGCGGCGCAUCCAGUUCUCGCAGCCCGGCGCCGCGACCGCGCACGCCGCCCCCGGCGCCUUCAACGGCCACCAGACCGCCUCCGUGGCCAGGCGCAACGCGCGCGAGCGUAACCGCGUCAAGCAGGUCAACAACGGCUUCGCGACGCUGCGCGCGCACAUCCCGCCCGCCAUCGCCGCCGCGCUGCAGGAGGCCAUGGGCACCGCGGAGAGGCCCACCUCGGCCCGCGCCACCGCCAAGGAGAAGGAGGCCGCCAAGAAGCUCAGCAAGGUGGAGACCCUGCGCAUGGCCGUCGAGUACAUCCGCAGCCUGCAGGCCCUGCUGCAGGAGUCCGGCAGCGAGAACGCCGCCCCCACCGUCAAGACCGAGACCGCCGACGUCAUGUCAGACUCGCCCCACGGCGGCCACGGCUUGGACGCGGACUACGAGGCGGCGCUGGCCCUGUCGCACUACAGCAUGGCGGCCGAGUCCUCGUCGCCGCCGACCUCGGGGAUGCCAACGCACGCCGUCAGCACCGCCUUCGGCCACCACCACCACCACCAGCCGCACUUCGUGUCCAUGUCGCCGCCGUGCUCGGACGCGGGGUCCGCCGGGUCGCCGACGCCGUCCUACGUGUCCGACGGGUCCGUGGGGGCCUCGUCGACGGGCUACGCCACCUUCGUGCCCGUCGUGUGCAGGCCCACCACCCUGACGGUGCACUCGCCCGCCACGCCGCCAGACUCGCAGGCCUACGAGCCCAUGAGCCCCGAGGACGAGGAGCUGCUGGACGUGAUAUCCUGGUGGCAGCAGAGCAACUGAGCAUGUGAUAGUGUCUCCGUCCGCUGCGAAUUCCUGUUCCGUGCUCGUCCGCGGAACGCGUCCCGUGCGCAGUCCGCCGGCCAUUCCAGGAGCACCUCAAAACCAUUUGCGACAAAACAACAAGUGCCUUUACUGCUGCUGCCUCCUCUUUAUUAAACUCUAAUUUUUAAUACUUUUGUUGGCUGUUAAGAGCAAUCUUUGUUACGCUUGGGAUUUGAGAACAAUUUGGACCAUGCCGCGUGUUUUGGCGGGUGGCUUUUUCUUUUCAGUGUAAUCCCCCUUUACGUUUAGAGACUUCCAAAGUGCCUUUGAGAAACGACCGGCCUUCCGCUCGGUGCCUUAUAGUUGGAGGCGGCGACAGCGACUGGGUUAUGGCUCCUAGAAAUUGGAUCUUGCCGGCCAGAGAAAGAGUGAGACGGCAGCCACGAAAGCUUCCUCGGCGGGAGCGGUUCAAUCCCCUCACGCGCACGCCCGUGCCGCGGCCUGGCCGGAUGGCCUGCUUGCCUCACGCGCGUGUUGCGUGACCGCACGCUCCCGCCAAGGUCAACCUUUCGCACGGAGCCAAAUCUCGAGACAGUUUUUUUCCGUUCUGGGUCAUCACCACCUUACCUAGUCCCUGCGCCGCCCCGCAACAUCGCCGCAAUCGAAAUCGACUCAGUGGAAAGUUACCUGCAGUAACCGAGAAUGACAAUGUUAGACUUUAUGAGCGCCGUAGUUUUCAAGGGCCGCCUGCAAUUGCCUAUUGCAUUGCCUACAACGGCGCCUCCAAGAGACUUCCCUCUUGCCUACCCAGUGACAAACAUCGCCUUAAGACAUUAUUUUUGGAGAUAGAGAUUUAGCUUGUAAAUUGUUUUGUUUACAAAUUAAGUUGUUCGUGUACAAAUCAAUCAAGUUGAUAAAUGAAUAUAGACUUUAGAACUGUUAAAUCUAGUCAAGAAUUUCUCGUCUGUAUAUCUGUUUGUAAAUUGUGUAGAUACAAACGUGGGAGUGAAGUGCAAUGUUUUUUCUUUGCACUGUUUGGUACAAUUCGUACCAAGCUUUGACAAUUUUCUUAUUGAACUCGCCUGUUCUCAAAACAAUCGUGUUUCUGUUAGGUUGAAUAUUUUUGCGGCUUGUCGGCUUUGUGAUUGAAGCCAGAAAACUGCCUAUUGCAUAUGGAAUAUAUAUUUUUAUAGCUAUGUUUACCAUUGUUGCCAUAUAAAUUGUUUGAUCUUUUAUUCGAGCCGUACGUUCCUGGCUGCGAGCAAAAUCAUCGUCUGUCAACUAAAACUUGCAAACCUUGACAUGUGUCAUCUGCAUUAUCAGUCUCUUGGAUUCUGAGUAACUUGUGAUAUUGUGAAUCUCAUGUUAUGUGCGUUUUGUUUCAAGGACACAGCACCAUAACAUAGCGUACCGCGUAGUGAGGGUGUGACAGCCCCAUUGUUUGUAUUUUGUAUUUUUAUACAUCGAAUUAUUGUUACAUAUUUAAAUACAAUGAAUUGCUAUAAAUGAA